AAUGACUAUAGAUUGGUAGUAUUUACCAAAAAAUUCGUUAUAUUUACUAAUUAUUUCUCUCAGUGUACGCGCCUUGCUUAAUACUUCUGCUCAUAAAAUCAAAACAUUCGUAUAACAAGCAAUAAGAUUCAAGUGUCGCAUUUUUAUUCAAUAAGAUGCUCCGAAAAGUGAUGAGAGACGUUUUGCUACGCCGGGGUACGCCAUGGUAUUGUCCGGCUGUUUGUAUGUCGCAGUACUCGCCACGGUUUGUCGAUCCGGUGUUCAAAAAGGAAUCUAUCGUAGCUCUGGAGGAAAGUGGUGAAAUUUCGGCAAUAGCGAACAUGCCUGUCAAAGCCGCACGUAAUAACGACACCUGCUCGGUGUUCCACGACGACUUGGUUUCCAAAUUCAUAAAUUAUGUAAUGAAAAAAGGCAACAAACGACUUGCAAGGGAAUUGGUCGAAAAGGGCUUUGAAAAUAUCAAACGAAUUCAGCUCGAGAGGUACCAUUUAGCAGAAAGCGAGGAAGAGAAGGCGAAAAUAGAGCUAAAUCCGAGAGUUGUGUUGAGACGGGCGGUUGAAAAUAGCAGGCCACUUCUCCAAUUAACUCCGAUCAAACGCGGAGGUGUUAGGUAUCAAGUUCCCGUUCCCAUCACCGAGAAGAGGUCAUAUUUUGUGGCGAUGAAAUGGCUACUGGAAGCGACACGCGAGAAAGAACGAACGGUGCAUUUUCCUGAGAAAAUGGCUUGGGAAAUGCUGGAUGCUGCCGCUAAUCAAGGAAAGGUUAUCAAACGAAAGCAAGAAUUACAUCGACAGUGCGAAGCAAACCGAGCUUAUGCCCAUUAUCGGUGGAGUUAGAUGUGAAAUAGUUUUGGCUGAAUACUAUGCGAAAUAAACCUCAUGAUGGCUUAUAAUGUUUUA